AUGACGACACGCAUCCCAUCAACCAACGCGCCGCGUCUGUCUACCGCCCCGAGCAGUAUCAAACCGCGACAGUUGAACCACCUCCACGCGCAACUCGCCCAGCUCUCUGCGAACCUCGCAGAUCUGGAAAACCUGUUGCGGAUGACGAGUGUGCAAGCGGAAAGUGUACGAGGACUGGGAGCUUGGCAUGGUGGACUAUUCAUGGCGGCAUCGAAAGUGCUUGGAGAGGAGACGGUCGCUGGAUCUGCGGCCGGACAGGGACAGACACAGAGAGGGCAGGGUGGCAGUGAGACUUCAAAUCCCGAAGCUACCAAGUCGAAACCCUGA